AUGGUCGAUGUGGAUGUACUGAAGGAGGCUCGGAAAAACUACGAGCGUGAGAGGGCACGUCUUCUGAGUGAUCGUAAGGAGGGUGUCGACAAGGCUGGGCUCAAUCCAUCUAUGGAGGAUGAUGAGGCCAUGGACAGGGACCUCGAUAUCCUCUGGGGUACUCUCUUCAGGGCGUCUUAG